CCUACCGGCCGCGCCUCCCCCCCCGGGGCGACAGAUCCCCCCAUCAUUUUUUCGUUGCCCGGUGCCCUCCCCGCCCUCGCCCCCGGCGCGCGGGGCGCUGCCCCGCGCCCGCGGGCGGCCGGCGCCGCAGCUUGGCGGGCUAGGCAGGGCGUUGCCCCCCCCGCGGCUUGGGCCUCUCCUGGUCGCGGACGCCAGCGGCUCCGUACACAGGGCGCGUUGGUGGCGGCCCCCACACGGCGGCAGCCCGGCCAGCCGGCGCGCCGCCCAGGCAGGAUGCCCAAGGUGGUCACGUUCCGGCGGAUGCCAGUGUUCACGAACAUGCGGCAGAAGGUAAACGACGACCAGUUCAUUGUCUUGCAUUGCAAGAGGUGCGACACGCACGUGCUGAUCACGGACAUCGAGUUGGCGGACAUCCCCCGCAGGAGGACAGACGGUGCGCUGGUGCUGGAUGCCAGGAAGCAGGUCGUCCGGUUGUACACCAGCAAGCAGGAGGGCAGCCAGCUCAUCCGCCGGCCCAACGGCGCGGAGCGCCAGUACGUGCACGCUUGCUCAUCGUGCGGCCAGGCCGUAGGGUACACGUCGACGCCCCACGAGGCGGAGCUGCAGCUGGUUUACAUUCAGGAGACGGCUGUCACCGUGCCGUGGCACAGGAAGAAGACUCCUUGGGUGUGCAAGGUCUGCGGCUUCGUCUGCCAGGACGCCCCCCACCUGGAGCAGCACCGCAGGCAGCGCCAGCAUUUCGACGCGGAGGAUACCCGGCCAGCUGCGGCGGCCGCCGACACGAAGCCCAUAAUCGUGGGCUGA